CUCCACCCUUCCGUGGGUACAACACCAGAUCAUGCGGUCCAGGCUGUCACCUCCAUGGGAGAAGGUCCUCUGCCCACAGUGGUCAUCGGACGCUCAGGAAAAUGAGGCGCCUUCCCUUUGAAGUCGGGAUUGCAGGAUUUCAUUCGGAGAAUGUGCGACUUGUCCUUCCUGAUGGGGGCGCUGGUGGGCCUGCUGGCGCUCUUCUGCUCCCUGGACGUGUGGUACUUCCUGCGGGCGGCCUUUGUGGUGGCGCGAGCCUGGUUCCAGCCGGUGGUCCGGGACGUCACGGGCGAGCAGGUGCUGAGCGGCCGCGUCACGCCUCAUGACAUCGACAUGUGCCACAUGAACAACGCUCGCUACCUGCGAGAGUGCGACUUUGCCCGCUUCUCCCUCUACGUCCGCAACGGCGUCUUCAAGGCCCUGCGAGCCCUGGGAGGCUCCAUGGUGGUCAGCGCCACCACCAUCCGCUACCGCCGGGCACUCUGCAUUGGUGAGAGCUACCAGCUGCGCAGCCGCAUCCUCGCCUGGGACCAGAAGGCUUUCUUCCUGGAGCAGAGGUUCGUCUCCAGCAGAGACGGGCUGGUGUGCGCCGUCAUGUACUGCAAGCAGAGCGUCAUACGCUGCAGCCCGGACAAGAUCAUGGAGCAUCUCUGCAAGAGAAAGGUGGAGACCCCCGAGUUCCCGGAGGACCUUCAGCACUGGGUCAACUUCAUCUCCAGCAGCAGCCAGGCCCUGCGGGCAGAGAGUGGACUGACGGAGAAAGACAAGUGACGCUGGCGCUGACGGACUGUUUUCAAGGUGACGUCGAG